UGGUAUCAAAGAUAACGUUCUUUCUCGAAAGACAGAACAUGGAAUGAAGAGGAAAGAAAGAAUGCCUCUAAUGUGAGAUGGAGCAUAGCAGAAAAGAGAAGCGAUAGCGAAGACACUCGUCGUCGCUAACAAUAGCCACAAAACCAGAUCAAAAACACAAAAAAAAUAUAUAAAAAUCAUUACUUUAACACGGUGCACGAACUUUUUACACAACGUAAUAUUUAAUUUCUUGUCACAAACAUAUCUUCCAUAACAGAUACAUCAGUAAUUUCACUGGAACGGACUCUAAAAAUUGAAUACUUCUAUCUAGAAAUGGGAUCAUGCAUUAGAAAAACAACCGGUACGACAAAACAACACCCUUGUGGUGGCAAUCCCUGUCCUCGUUGUGGAAAAUGCACUGAUUGGACUUAUGAUGGUGAUUUAAAGGGUGCUAUGGAGCAUUGGAUGCGUGACGAAUCUGAUGAAAUAACUGAUCAGAAGCGUUGGCAUCGUCAUCCUGGUGCAACAUGUGCUUAUAUUGCUAUUCGUGCUCGUCGUACUGAUCAUGUCUGUCAAUGCGAUUGA